AUGUAUGUUUUGAUUAUCACGACGAUUUUCACGGGUCUGUCGACUUUGAUAGUUGCCCUCCGACUAUACACUCGAUUUCACCUGAUCAAGUCUCCCGGUGUGGAUGAUUUGCUCAUAGUGAUAGCAUUGGUAUGUGUUAGGAAUACUCUUUCUGACCUCAUAUUCUACGCCUUCGUGCUCGUUGAACGGAAUUAUGGCCUCGGUGUUCCCAGAUCCCAAUUGGCCCCAGAGACCAUCGAGGGUCAACUACAUUACCUCUGGCUUUCAGUUCCAUUCUACAACCUCGCUCUCAUUUUCGCCAAACUCUCCGCCCUAACCCUCUUCGUUCGCCUCUUCCGCCCGCGUCCUUUCUUACUCACCUGCUACAUCUCGAUGGGACUCCUCGUCAUUGCAGGAUUAUGGAUGACUUUGAGUGGUUUCAUCUUCUGUGUUCCCGUUCAUGACUUCUGGAACGUAUUGGAAGAGACUCGCAGUCGGCAUUGCCUACCUGAAGGUCCUGUCUGGUUCACCAAUGCAGGGAUCCAGAUUGCUACAGACCUGAUAAUCUUGGUUUUGCCCAUGCCGCUUUUGUGGAAGCUGCAGAUGCCCAGGAGACAAAAGUGGGGGAUUAUGCUUGUCUUUAGCCUUGGCAUCUUUGUGAUUGCUACCAGCUCUGUCCGGUUAUAUCAAUUGAGCAUUAUGAUCACCGCGCGUGACUUUACUAAAACCAACUCCAAAGCCGGCGUCUGGUCUUCACUUGAAGCGAACAUCUCCAUAAUCUGCGUCUGCCUACCACCACUCCACCCACUCCUCUCUCGUGUCUUCUCAUUGUGUUUCCUCCCUCAACCUCUCCACUCCUCACCAGCCUCAAGGCUCCAUACCAACACAACGCAAUUAACGGAGCGCAAACCCUCCAUCUAUGACCACUACGGCAGCAAUCAUAGCCCCGACGGGGGUGUUUGGUACAAUGAGCUCUUCACACCUGGGCCAGCUAGUUACUCUGCUAGCAUUGCCAAAGUGAACACAAAUGAGGAAGACCUCACCUGCAGUAAUGAAGACGGUAUCCGGGUCGUGAGGGAGUUGAGGAUGCAGUCUGAUUCUGUUUGCCCUACUCCGGCGCUUCGGGACCCUUCUCCCCAUGCUCGCGAUUAUGAUCUGGAGAAAGGUGAGGGUUCCUCGAACAGUAUUGCUGGUAAUGGGAACACUCGCUCGAACCCGAGUAUUGAGUGGGAUUUGGGCGAUUUCCAGUUUCCGGAUUAUAAGGAGAGGAUGAAUGCUCCUAUUUGA